CCAACACCAGCGCCAAGGAAGAGAAGGCAGGAACAGGAAGAAAAGAAGUACCAGACAGUUGUCAGCACAGAAGAGCCAAACUCAACUGAUUGCGACAGUGUCGAUGGUGAAGUAGAUGUAACUCUACUAGUGACAGAAGUUGCACCUGCUGAGUCAGUCCCGAAGACUUCAGUCAUCGCUGUUGAAGGGAACAGUGCUGAGAUUGCUGAAGAUGACUCCACUGAAACAGUCUUGGAUCAGGACCACUCUACAGCGAGUUUACCUGAUGCCGCGAUUCAGGGGAGGGAGGAGGAUGUGACACAGCCAGGUGAGACAGAGCCUCAGGUGCAACCUGUGGACGAAGAGGAGACAUUACCAAAGGAAGGAGAUGUUCCAACAGAGGGAGAAAUUCACUCUGAAGAAAGCCUGCCAACCAAUGAGGAGACAGCACCUUCUCCUUCGACGCCACCAAGACGAUCUGGAAGAGAAAGGCGUCAACCAGCUUGGAUCACCAGUGGUGAGUAUGCUUUGGCACAAACAGUGGUACCACCAGCAGAUUGGGAGAGAAGAGCCAACUACCUAAGAUCGCUAGCAGAAAAUGGAACAUUGAAGGACCUCCCCGCCGAUGCCUAUAGAGCCAUACUCUCACUGGUCACUAAUUCUUAGAAUUCUACACCUCUGAUUAUGAACUUGUAUAUAACCUGAUAUCUGUAUUUGUGUUUGUUUCAGGAAAUGCCGGGACGCCAUUCCACAAUAGGGGGGAGUAUGUGGCAGGAUGUAUAUAUUUGGGAUUAUUUUAAAAGUAGUUUAGUAUAAACUUAUCCAAAACAUAGGUAUUUUAUUGUAUUUAUUAAAUAAAUUAGUUUACUUAGUCCACUAACUCACACCUCAGUAACAUAAUCUAACAUGUGGUGAUUGAUUCUUUGUGCUAAGGCUACUGCGGUCUCAGCCUAGCUUAUUGUUCUCUGCCGGUCAGCUUGGCCUGGCUUUGUAUUUCCUGCGUCACAUGACCACCUUGGUCAUGUACUUCAUACCUUUACUAUGUGCACCAUUUCUAGUCACAACUCUCACUGGUAAAGGACAGUUCAGUUUGGGGUGAGUUAAAUAUAUUUAUUAUCAUUGUACUUAGGUUUCUAGUAUAUAUAAUGUAUUUUAGUACACUCAUAUUAAGUCAUUUAUGUUCCAUAAGAACAGUAUAUUAUGUAUAUGUUAUAAACAUGAAUUAUCAGUAUAUUCAUGUUAGUGCAAUAUAUAUUUAAAUAUUGUAAGAUGUUACCAUUGAGGUAUAUGCAAAAUGAGUGUACUAGAUUUAAGCAUGUAUUGGUACUAUUUUAUCACGAAAGUGUAAAAUAUCAAAACAUUAUAAUUGUUGAUUUUAUCAUACAUAUGAAAUGCCUAAAAAUGUUGAUUGUUAUACUGCUAGAUGAGUUUCACAUGCCAUGUAUACAAUGCAUGUGAUGUUUAUCAUACCAGUAAGAUUCAUGUAGUUAUAUAUCAUUUAUCAGGUCACGUAAGAUACUGCAUGACCAGUUUUGAUGACAUCUGGUGGUUUGGCCUCCGUCCCUUAGACGAGGGUUUCUUCAUCAUCAUCAUAACCACUGAUUGUGGACCAUCAUCGGAAUAAAUCCAGUUGUAAAAACAGCAUGCUUUUGUGUCUCCAUUACCCUGCAUAAGCCUCUGCGACAUUUGUGACAGACAGACUUCCAGCUACUGUCAGUGAGUCUUAUACCCCAGCCCCAGUCACAGAUGUAACUCAGUCUAGCACGGAAGGGGUUAAUCAGGAUAACAGGCCAAGACUGCGUCCAAGGAGCAAACAGAACAGGAGAUAGGGGUUUGGCCAGGGCCCGCCAGAUCACAGUGACAACCAGAAUGAACAUUCAUUCUUAUUCUGGAAUGUAAACGGAUUAUUUGACGUUGUAGGACUUGAUGAAACAAGGACCAGAAACUUUGAUCUCUCUGUGGUUUUUAGUGACUAUGUAUAUUUGUAUUGAUGCUGUUAGAACUACGACACACGGCACACUCUCAGGCGGUAUUUCCCUCUUUGUUAGAAAAUAAAUUAUGCAUUAUGUGAAGUUUUCUAAAAUAUGCUCCAAUUGUGUAUUUGUGUUACUUGAUAAACAUUUUCUUGACACAAAUCCGGAAAAAUCAUCAUGGUAAAGAUAAAGAUACUCAUUGUGGAAUAUCUAUUUUACAAGACUCCCUAGUUGAUGUGCUACAGCAAUAUGGAAGUGUUUCAGUUUUGAUUGGAGGAGACAAUGCACGCACCGGAAGAGACUUGGAUUUUGUAGACGAGGAUAUAAUGUCAGCACUGAACAUGCUGAAUAGAGAUUAUUGUGAUUUUAUUUGCGAUUCCCUGAAUAUGAAACGUUUUUCCUGUGAUAGAUCUACCAACAGAUAUAUCAAGAAGUUGAUGGAUUUAUGUUCAUCUUUUAAUCUUAAUAUUUGUAAUGGCCGCUGUUGUGCCGAUAAACAAAGUGCGUGACUUCACUUUUAUUUCGAGUGCAGGAGCAAGUGUUAUUGAUUAUAUAAUAGGAACAAGUGACUUGUUUACACUUUGUACACAUUUCAAUAUCAAAACUAGGCCAGAUUCACAUCACCUGUCAAUCAUAUGUUCAUUCAAUGCUGUACGAGAUACACACUUCGCUAAUGACAACUUCGAGUCGGGACAACGAUUGUGCAAGCAAGUUCCGGGAGAUAAUUCUCUGGUGAAAUAGUGAGUGAGUGAGUGAGUAUGGUUUUACGCCGCUUUUAGCAAUAUUCCAGCAACAACACGGCGGGGGACACCAGAAAUGGGCUUCACACAUUGUAUACAUGUCGAACCCGGGUCUUCGGCGUGACGAGCAAAUACUUUAACCACUAGGCUACCCGACCUCUCCCUCUGGUGAAAUAACUGAUUUGUUAGAUGAAUGUGUUAGCCUUGUCAGAUGUAAAUAAAGGAAUCAAAAUGUUUUCAGAUGAUUUAAGUCGAGUUGCAGAUUUUACUAAGAGAAAGGUGAAGACUAUGGGUGUUCAAGAUGAUCAGCCUUGGUUUGACAAAGAAUGUUGAUAUUAAAGACUGGAAACCUAGCGGUUGUUACACAUACUAGUAUUCAGAAGAAAAGAUAUUUUUUUCAUUACAGUCUGAUAUUGAG